UCGUCCACAUUUUGUCUCAGACUUUGUAUACAACUCUUUCCAAAUUCCAAGUUAAUCAAAGCAUCUUCUUCUUUUUCCUCCUCUUCCGCCAUUGAAUAACAACAAUGGCAGGGGAAGUCAAGAGGAAGAUUUCAGCAUCAUCAGCAAGGUCGCAUACCAGGAAAUCAAAAUCCGAAUCUUCCUCUUCUUUCCCUUCAGAUUCGUCGGCGAUUUUACCGAAUCGAAGUGUUUGUGUGCCAAUGAAUGAAUAUUGUCAACUUGGAUUUCCUUCAAUUAAGAUCCUAAAACAUAUCACAUCUGUAGUCUUCAUUAUCGGGUUUCUGGCAUGGGCUUAUCAAUCAGCUUGUCCACCCCAACCCAAGAAACUCGGAUCUCCAGACGGACUUCCCAUUACAACACCUAGAAUCAAGCUUCGUGAUGGUAGACAUCUGUCCUAUAAAGAAUACGGUGUACCAAAAGCGGUCGCCAAAUACAAGAUUAUUUAUGUCCAUGGAUUCGAUUCUAUCAAGUAUUAUGCUGUUAUUGCCACAUCAGCCUCCCCGGCCCUAAUUGAAGAAUUGGGGAUACAUAUUGUCUCAUUCGAUCGACCUGGUUAUGGAGAGAGUGAUCCAAACCCUAACCAAACAUUAAAGAGUUCGGCUUUGGAUAUCGAGGAGCUUGGUGAUCAGUUAGAACUCGGAUCAAAGUUCUAUGUUAGCAGGAGCAGUCUUAUAGCUCCAGUUGUUAAUUACUGGUGGCCAAGUUUGCCAUUGAAGCUAUCUCAAGAAGCGUAUUCAAAGCAGUUCAUUCAGGAUCAAUGGAGUGUACGUGUUGCUCACCACCUUCCAUCAUUGACGUACUGGUGGAACACUCAGAAACUGUUUCCUUCUUACAAAGCUAUCGCUCACAGCCCUGAUAUUCUUUCUCACCAAGACAUGGAACUCAUUCCAAAGUUUACAGCUGGCAGGGGACCCAUUGAGGGACAAGUAAGACAGCAAGGGGAAUAUGAAUCUAUACAUCGUGACUUGAAUAUUGGAUUUGGUACCUGGGAAUUCGACCCGAUGGAUAUUGAGAACCCGUUUCCAAACAAUGAAGGAUCCGUUGAUAUUUGGAUGGGUGAUGAUGAUAAGAUUGUGCCUGUGACACUGCAACGUUAUAUUGCCCAACAGCUUCCAUGGAUAAGGUAUCAUGAGCUCAAGGGUGCUGGUCAUAUGUUUCCUUAUGCUGAUGGGAUCAGCGAUGCUAUCCUAAAAGAACUUCUUCUUGGUAAAAUUUAGAUUCAUAUACUUUUUGUACGAGUAAAAAUUUGGGUAUUUUUGUAAGAGUAAAAAUUUGAGUUGUUUUUAUUCUUUGCACACUUUUGGGUAUUUUGAUGUCCUUUGUGUAAAUUAAACUGUUGUAUUUGGUAUUAUAAAUUUAUGACUACAUUUAAUUUUGGGGUUGA